CCAUGUCGUUCUCUGAAGCAGAGGUGCAAAGUGCCCGCGGCGCCUGGGAGAAGAUGUAUGUGGAUGCUGAGGACAAUGGGACAACUGUGCUGGUCAGGAUGUUUACCGAGCACCCAGACACCAAGUCCUACUUCACACACUUCAAAGGCAUGGACUCCGCCGAAGAGAUGAAACAGUCGGAUCAGGUCAGGGGCCAUGGCAAGAGGGUUUUCACUGCCAUCAAUGACAUGGUGCAACACCUGGACAACUCCGAGGCUUUUCUUGGGAUAUUGAACCCACUCGGCAAGAAACAUGCCACGCAGCUGAAGAUUGACCCCAAAAACUUUAGGAUUAUCUGUGACAUUAUCUUGCAACUGAUGGAGGAGAAAUUUGGCGGAGACUGCAAAGCUUCCUUUGAGAAGGUGACCAAUGAAAUCUGCACUCACCUGAACAAUGUCUACAAAGAGGUGGGUUGGUGAGAAUGUGCAACCUCCACGCUCUUCAAACAUCUCGCCAGCACUGAUUUGCUGCUUUUGGGCCUCCAGAUGUAGUUGGAAGAAUGAAAAAGUU